AUGGCUUCCCACCAGCGGGAGGAUACCACACCAUUCCUUCUGCAGCUUUUCUACAAAAACGGUUCAUUCCACAGAACAGACGAGUUCGCUGCCAGGAGCCUUCCAGCCGCCUUGCCGCUACACACAUGGCCCGACUGUAGCCUGGGCGAGCUCGCCGAGCUGAUCACAGCUGAAGACCCGGCACUGCUACCGAGCCCUUGCGUGGGCACGAGGCUCGCCUUUCGCCUCAUCUACCCCGACACCCGGAAUGCGGCAGCCAAUGCGGGCGGUCACCAUCACGGACAGGCGCAGGCUCCACGAUUCAUGGUCAAGGACCUAGGAAGCGUGGUGCUCGGAGACGGCACAGCAGAUGCGCUCUUGGCUGCCAACGGCGAGGGCGAGGUCGAAGGGGAUGAGGAGGGGGGAGACGUUCACAUGUCUGGCGCUGCGGCCGCGCUGGCAGACGACCCAGACUUGGCCAAGGACAAGACGCUCAAGGAGUUCAACUUUGUGGUUGGAGAUUACGUCUCGUGCGCCAUACUGCCGCCGCUGCCAGACGGCUCGGUGGCGCCCGCCCUGACUGUCCGGAACGACAGGGUGGCGGGCCCGUUCGGUGCCAGGGGCGCGAUGGGCGGACCGCCCUCGCAGGGGCCGCGUCGGGAUGCUGGGUUCGGGGGACGGCAGGGCUGGGAUAGAGACCGACGGCGCUCUGCGUUCGGGGACGGUGGGUUUCCCGAGGGAGAGUGGAGGCGGGGCGAGAGGCUGCCUGACGAUCCGCCGGAGCGGUCGAGGGGUCGAGGCAGACGACUGGAUAGGUGGUGA